AUGAACGCAGCGGACAGCAUGUCUUGGGGCUGUUUCUGCGUACCGACAAAAAAAACACAGCAGCAGCAGCAGCAGCAGCAGCAGCAGCAGCAGCAGCAAAUGAAGCAGAAGCAAGCAAAGCAGCAGCCUGGGCGGCAGCAGCAGCAGCCCAAGGUUAAGAAGAAAGGAGACGAGCAGCAGCAACAGCAACAGCAGCAGCAGCAGCAGCAGCAGCAGCAGAAGCGACAGAAGAAGCAGCAGCAGCAGCAGCAAGGCUCCACGAAGCAGGAAAAACAACCGAAGCAAACCAAGCAGCAGCAGCAGCAGCUGCUGCUGCAGCAGCAGCUGCAGCAGCAGCAGCAGCAGCAGCAGGGAGAUGACUCAGACCGGGAGGAGGUGAAGCAUGAGCAGCAGCACAAGAAGAUUAAAAAGCAGCAGCAGCAGCAAAAGCAGAAGCAGCAGCAGCAGCAGCAGCAGCAGAAGCAGCCUGAGGAGAAGACGGAGAAAACAGCAAAGCAGCGGAAGCAGCAGCAGCAGCAGCUGCUGCAGCAGCAGCAGGAACAGCAGCAGCAGAAAAAGACGCAGCAACAGGCUGCCGACAAACCGCCAAAGCAGCAGCAGCAGCAGCAGCAGCAGCAGCAGCAGCAACAGAAAAAAAAGAAAGAUAAAGGCGACACAAAGCAGCAGCAGAAGCGGCCCCCUGAGCUCAAGGGGCAGCAGCAGCAGCAGCAGCAGCAGCAACGAAAAAGAAAGCAGCAGCAGCAGCAGCAGCAGCAGGAACAAACGGCACCGGCUGCUCCAUCGAAGAAGCUCUGCAAGCCGAAGCAAGACAAGCAGCAGCAGCAGCAGCAGCAGCAGCAGCAGCAGCAGCAGCAGCAAAAGAAGAGGAAGCAGCAUGCAGCAAGCGACGGAUCACCCCGCAAGAAGAAGCAGCCCGUAGGAGACGAGAAGCAGCAGCAGCAGCAGCAGCAGCAGCAGCAACAGCAGCAGCAGCAGCAGCAGCAGCAGCAGAAGCAGCCGCUGCUGUCUUUGUCAGAGCUGCAGCAGCAGCUGCGGUGCCUCAAGGGCCUCCGCUUCCUGCAGCCGCUUGCUGUUGCUGCUGCAGCACCAGCCAUGCUGCUGCAGCCGCUGCUGCUGCCAACGCAGCAGCAGCAGCAGCAACAGCAGCAGCAGCAGCAGGAGCAGCAGCAGGAGCAAAGCGUACAGCAGAAGUGCGAGAUGUCAUUGAAUAAUAGCAUCUGCAGCAGCAGCAACAGCAGCAGCAGCAGCAGCAGCAGCAGCAGCAGCAGCAGCAGCAACUGCUGCAGCAGCUGCUGCUACAGCAGCUCGUGGGUUGCUGCAGUUCCUCCCGCUGCGCUGCCGGCGAAUUUUGCUUUUGCUGCUGUCUCCGUUCAGUUUGAGCUGCUGCAGGGGAAGGAGGAGCAGCAGCAGCAGCAGGAGCAGCAGCAGCAGCAGCAGCAGCAGCAGCAAGAGAACGAGUUGCUGCUGAAGACUCCCGUGCUGCUCAUUGGGAGAGGGGCUCGAGAUAGCUGCGCACUUGUUCCAGGGACGGCUGCAGACCUUGCAGCAUUUGUUGCUGCUCGUCGAACGUGCAGCAGCAGCAGCAGCAGCAGCAGCAACAGCAGCAACAGCAGCAACAGCAGCAGCAACAACAGCAGCAGCAGCAACAGCAGCAGCAGCAGCAGCAGCAGCAAUAACAAAGACAAUAACAACAAAGAUGGCAGCAGCACUGGGUCUGCUGCAGCGGCACCCGCAGAAGCAGCAGCAGCAGCAGCAGCAGCAGCAGCAGCAGCAGCAGCAGCAGCAGCAGCAGCAGCAGCAGAAUCUGUGUCUCCUGAAGCAGCAGCAGCAGCAGCAAGCUGUAUCUCGAAGCUGCUGCUGCCGCGGCAGUGCCGCAGCGUUUCUCGUCUGCAUGCAGCGAUUCACUACCAACCCGCGAGCGGCUGCUGGGUCUUAACAAAUUUUUCUUCGCGAAAAAUUUUUGCUGCUGCGGCGUUUUGUGCUGCAGCAGAGCAGCAGCAGCUGCAGCAGCGGGAGGAAGCAAACCCAGGGGAAGGUGUGGAGGCUGGUGGCUAUGGUUUGAAUCUGCUGCAGCCUCGCUGCCUGUUGCCUUGGCGGCAGCGCAUUGCGCAGCAGCAGCAGCAGCAGCAGCAGCAACAGCAGCAGCAGCAACAGCAGCAACAGCAGCAGCAGCAGAGCAACGAAGCGACAGGCGAAGCAACCAGCAGCAAACAUAAGCAGGCUUCCCUAGACCGCACCACGAGCAGCAACAGCAGCAGCAGCAGCAGCAGCAGCAGCAGCAAGAACAGCAGCAGCAGCAGCAGCAGCAGUUGCUGCUGCUGCUACCACAGCAGCAGCUGCUUGCUCGGACCCCGCGCCGUUCUGCAGCUGGCGAAGAACCUGCAGCUUAUUUGGCGGUUGCCGCUGCCUAUUGCAUCUCAACCCUCCUCUGCCUUGAGGCGGUACGUGCGAGAAGUUGCACAUUCGAAGCAGCAGCAGCAGCAGCAGCAGCAGCAGCAGCAGAAGCAUGUGCUGCAGCUGCAGCUGCAGCAGCUGCAGCAGGGACUGGCCCUAGACAGCAGCAACACGCAGCUGCAGCAGCAGCUGCAGCAGCUAGAACUGCAGCAGCAAGAAGUGCAGCAGCAGCGGCAGAACAAAAAGCAGCAGCAACAACAGCAAAAGCUACAGCAGCAGCUGCUGCUGCAGCAGCAGCAGCAGGACCAGCAGCAGCACCAGCAGCAGCAGCAGCAGCAAGACCAGGAUCACCUGGAGGGUCAGCAGCAAGAGACCAAUCAGCAGCAGCAGCAGCAGCAGCAGCAGCAGCAGCAGCAGCAGCACUAG